AUGGAUGAUGACCUGAUGUUGGCACUGCGGCUUCAGGAGGAGUGGAACUUGCAGGAGGCGGAGCGCGAUCAUGCCCAGGAGUCCCUGUCGCUAGUGGACGCGUCGUGGGAGUUGGUGGACCCCACACCGGACUUGCAGGCACUGUUUGUUCAGUUUAACGACCAAUUCUUCUGGGGCCAGCUGGAGGCCGUCGAGGUGAAGUGGAGCGUGCGAAUGACCCUGUGUGCUGGGAUAUGCAGCUAUGAAGGGAAGGGUGGAAUGUGUUCCAUCCGUCUCAGCGAACCCCUUUUGAAGUUGAGGCCAAGAAAGGAUCUUGUAGAGGUAUACCAUACUUUUCACGAUGAGGUGGAUGAGUAUCGGCGACACUGGUGGCGCUGCAAUGGGCCAUGCCAGCACAGGCCACCGUAUUAUGGCUAUGUCAAACGAGCUACUAACAGGGAACCCUCUGCUCAUGACUAUUGGUGGGCUGAGCACCAGAAAACCUGUGGAGGCACUUACAUAAAAAUCAAGGAACCAGAGAAUUACUCAAAAAAAGGCAAAGGAAAGGCAAAACUAGGAAAGGAACCAGUAUUGGCCGCAGAGAAUAAAGGUACCUUCGUGUAUAUUCUUCUGAUUUUUAUGUGACCAUAGCUACGAUGUACAGACAAUACUGUCCUUCAGAGAACUGGUAUUAAGAUAAACUUAAGGAUCAUUUCUGGUGUAGAAGUCUUCAAGUGUAGACUUAAGGAAAAAAUCCCAUUGUCCAUGAAAUGAUGGUAGGAAAAUAGACUUUGCUCUGUACAGAAGUAAGUAAAAGUAGGAAUAGUUUCCAUGGAUAUUUUUAUUUUUAUUAACUUUUUUCAGUUUCUUUUUAUUCAAAGAAACAAAAUUCAAUCUCUGAUAAUAUUUGAGGUAAAGUUCCUUUCCCUAUCUUGACUCACUGAGUUAUUAGGAAACAGAAGGCAAAAAGAUUGUCAAAAUAAAAACAAUAAUUCAAGUAACAAUGCCCGGAAUAUACAUCCUAACUACACCCCUUCCUAUCAGCUGGAUUCUAUCCAAGUGACUUCUAUUGAUGUAUGUAUGUUCAUUCAAAGAAUGGGAAAAGGAUAUGACAUAUAUUUGCCAGUACUUCAUCUUCAAGAUUUACCCUUUUCCUGUGAAGUUCAGAGUUACUGAAGAUGCUUCUUCCCUUGGGAAGUUGUUGAUUUGAUGUGGUAGAACCCAAGAACAUAGGUUAUAUUUCCCAAAUCUUUAAUUAUUGAGUGAAAGAGCUAUAGAUGAAUUGAUAUGGAAAGACCGUAUCUUCAUUUUCGUGAGUAGAAGGAAAGAUAAGAAUGAGGCAGCAGGUUUUCCCUCCUGGAAUUACACAUAAAGGACACUAAGCAAUUUUCAAGGUAAAUGUUGCCUUGUUAUUGGUCUUUGGCAUGGUAAGAUUCUUUAUUUAAAUAUGAGAGAAUUUUUUUUUAUCCUUUAUAUUCUCUCAAUAUCAGAACUCCUGAAUUCUGAAGAUUGCCCUUCUCCCAUUAAUAGGAUUGUAUGGAUGUAAGAUAGAAUAAAAUAUUAGUUCUUCAUUUUGAGAAAACUGUACAUUAGUUUAAUCUUUGUUACUGUAUUUCUUUUGAGUUGAGGCACUUACAUAACAAUCUUCUUUGCUUUUUUGGCAGAUAAACCCAACAGAGGUGAGGCCCAGCUAGUAAUCCCUUUUAGUGGGAAAGGAUAUGUUCUAGGAGAAACAAGCAAUUUACCUUCACCUGGGAAACUGAUCACUUCACAUGCCAUUAAUAAAACCCAAGAUCUUUUAAAUCAAAACCAUUCAGCAAAUGCUGUAAGACCUAAUUCUAAAAUCAAGGUGAAAUUUGAACAGAAUGGUUCAAGUAAAAAUUCUCAUCUGGUCUCCCCUGCUGUUAGUAACAGUCACCAAAAUGUUCUAAGCAACUACUUUCCUAGAGUAUCAUUUGCCAACCAAAAGGCUUUCAGAGGUGUGAGUGGAUCUCCAAGGAUAAGUGUAACAGUUGGCAACAUCCCUAAAAACUCAGUCUCUUCUAGUUCUCAAAGAAGGGUUUCAUCUUCUAAGAUAUCCCUAAGAAAUUCUUCAAAAGUAACGGAAUCAGCAUCUGUGAUGCCAUCCCAGGAUGUGAGUGGGUCUGAAGAUACAUUCCCAAAUAAACGACCUAGGCUAGAAGAUAAGACUGUUUUUGACAAUUUUUUUAUCAAGAAAGAGCAAAUAAAAAGCAGUGGUAAUGAUCCAAAGUAUAGUACCACAGCUCAGAAUUCCAGCAGUUCAUCCAGUCAGGGCAAAAUGGUUAAUUGCCCAGUUUGUCAGAAUGAAGUUUUGGAGUCUCAGAUUAAUGAGCACUUGGACUGGUGCCUUGAAGGUGACAGCAUCAAAGUCAAAAGCGAAGAAAGUCUUUGAAAAAGGUUUCAAAGUCUCAAGUACCACCUGUAUUACCUCACUAAUGUGCUAUGUCAGCCAGUCAGGAAGUUCUGGUUAAUACUAAGAUUUGUAGGUUAUAAUCUAGUUCACAUAACCAAUAGAAAGUGUCCUGUUUUAUAUAUACACAUAUAAGAUUGUAAUUUUAAGAUGUUUUGUGUCUCAGGGUGCUACAUUCACUCUUGCCUUAGGUAUACUGUAACCCAGGUUCUGCCUGUCAUGUAUAAUUUUUAGAUACUUUUGUUCUUUCUUGCUCUUAAGGAUUUUAAAAAUCUGUUAAUCUUUUUAUUUGUAUACUUUUCUAAAAAUAUUCAUAUGGGGAGUCCUGUCAGGUGUUUGGUUAUAUUGACUAUUUAUUAAUAGUAUUAGAACUCAUUCCCUGAACUGACGUAAAUCUUCAUAGUGUCAGACAUACUGACCAAAACCACAAUCUAGACUACAAAGUAUAUUGUUUUAGAGUACUCAAAUUGUAUUAUUAAUUUUUUUGUUUGCAAAAUCUUAACAGGAACUGUAUUUUCUAUAUUUUAAAGAAUUUUAUUUGUCCCACUUUUACUAAACAGUGGCAGCAGAUUUUAAGUUAAAGAAUAUGGAAUAUAGUAAAAUAAGUAAAUUUCUUUUGGAAUAUUUUUAGUAACAAAUAGCCACUAUAAUUCUGUAGGCCAAAUUUUAUAUUGAGUUUAGCUGUUUUCUCAAAAUUUAGCACAGUGGUUAAAGUUCUGUGCUGAUAAGUAACUGAUACAUAUAACAUAAACAUAACAAAGUUGCCUAGUUGAUGUAACAGUGGAAAGUUAUCUGGAAAUAGUAUUUUGAACUUUAAGCCAAGUUUAAACCAUUAUAAUAAAAGGAAUACCAUUUGUGCAUUUAAAGUAAUCUUUUUUAAAAAAAAAUUUUCCAUGUUAUAGGGAAAGGACAAAGAGACUUUUAUCAGUUUGCUUUUUGUCUUGUGGCUGUACAUGCUGUUGGCAUAGACCUAAUACAGUUGUUCACAAGUUUUCUUUUUUCUUGUUGCAAUUUUCCUUCACUUUGUUGUAAUACAGGUGCACAAAUCUUAAGUGCACAGCUGGGUAAGCUGUUACAGUGUUCACCUGUGUAACUACCACCCGGAUCAAGUUAGAGAACACUUCCAUUGCCACAGAAGGCUUCCUAUAGGUGUCUGUUCCCAGUUGAUACCCAUGACCCUCACCACCUCCAGAGGUCCCCACUGUUUUCACCCCAUCAUCGCAGAUUAUUUUUUAAUUUUAUAAUGUAGUAUCUUUGUUCCUAUGUGUAGCAGGAGUUCAUUUUCAUUGCUCUUGCAUUUGUAUGAAUAAACUAUAAUUUAUUCAUCCA